AUGGGAUUACAAGGUCAACUCUCAGACGUUUCAUCAGAUUCAAUCCCUCUGAUGCUAGUAGCUCUCCUCGCUACUCUCUUCAAACACAUCCGCUCUUUCUUCCUCCGCUUCUCAUCCUCCGAACAAGAAGAUGCUUCAUCACCCUCCGUUUACUCAGGCCUCGCGAACGUCUCCGUACUCGCCGACCAGCUCAAACUCAACCGAAUCUUGUCUUACCUCUACGCUGACAACAACGCCACGGCUUCAUCAGAUUGUAUCGUGUGUUUGUCUACGCUUAAGACCGGAGAAGAAGUGAGGAAGCUGGAUUGCAGACACGUGUUCCAUAAACAGUGUUUGGAAGGUUGGAUCCAGCAUCUGAAUUUCAAUUGUCCGCUUUGUAGAUCUCCGUUGAUUGCUCAUGGAGGAGGAGGAGUUGAAUCUGAAUCGAUGCCUCUUGUCUCAGCAUCUCAUUGA